AUGGAUCCAAACCUUUUGUUCCGCAUUCAACGCCGCGCAAGACGUGGACGGGCCGGCCCACAGCCUGUCGACCCCAUCCUGCUCGACAUUCACAACGGCUUCUGCGCCUACGUCGCCAGCAUUUUAACCACGGCUCUCGGUUCUACCUACUCGAACAAGUGCAUCCCUCGAGACUCGGCGCCAUCUACUCAGCCGCAGCGGAGCGCCAUCAUGGCCGCCGCCGCCGCACCUGCUCCCACGACCAACGACCACCUCGUCCAUCUCGCGCCGGCCGAACGCCUGACCACCACAGGCUGCUGGUGUCCGAACCCUUCCAAGCCUCACCCGCACCAUUGGCGCACUUGCACGCGCUUCGUUCCGCAGCCUAUUGUCGCGCCCGGGGCCGUCGUCGCCUUGUGCCCGCACCCGCCUACCGCGCCGACCUCGUCCACGUCCGCCUUCAUCUACAACCCGGACGAGCCGCCGGCGCGGUCCACCGUCAUGCACCUCUUCUGCUUCGACCCGCUGGGCGCGAGCGCCUCGUACAUGCGCUGGUUCCUCGCCAUCGAGGGCCCGCCGGACACGCCGCCGUCCGAGGACGACGCGACGUACCUGGGCAGGUGGCUCAUCGACUGCUACUACACCGACGACUACUACCGCGCGCACGGCGUCAUGAACCCACACUUUCAGCUGCAGGACCCGGCGACGCGGGGUCCCGCGUACGACGCCCGCUGGGAGGAGCUGCCCGCCACGGAUGCCCUGGCGCACGCGCACUACCGCCUCAUCAGCCGGUUCUUCAUGGAGCUGCGCGAGGACCCGCCCAAGUCGAGCCGCGCGGGGUGCUGGUACGACGCGGAGAGGGUGCACACCGUGAUUAAAUGGGAGAGGAUGUCGGUGCAGGAGACGAUGGAUGCGUUUCUGCCGUUUAUGAUGCGGGCCAAGGCGCAGAGACUGCAGCACACGGCUGCGCAGGUGCGUCGCUGA